CCCUCCCGCCCGGCUAGAGGACGGAGGGGAAAGCAGGCGCCGGGCCGGGCUCCCGAGGCGGCGGCAGCUGAGGGCUCGGCCGGAGCCUGGCGAACCGCAGCAAGAUGCUUGGCACCGGGCCUGCCGCUGCCACCGCGGCCACCGCCACUCCCAGCAACGUGAGCGUCUUGCAGCAGUUUGCCAGCGGCCUCAAGAGCCGGAAUGAAGAGACCAGGGCCAAAGCCGCCAAGGAGCUCCAGCACUACGUCACCAUGGAGCUGCGAGAGAUGAGCCAGGAGGAGUCGACUCGCUUCUAUGACCAGCUCAACCACCACAUCUUUGAACUGGUGUCCAGCUCUGAUGCCAACGAGAGGAAGGGCGGCAUCUUGGCCAUAGCCAGCCUCAUAGGGGUGGAAGGCGGAAACGCCACUCGAAUCGGCAGGUUUGCUAACUACCUUCGCAACCUCCUCCCAUCCAAUGACCCGGUCGUCAUGGAAAUGGCAUCCAAAGCCAUUGGCCGCCUCGCCAUGGCCGGGGACACUUUCACCGCCGAGUAUGUGGAGUUUGAGGUGAAGCGAGCGCUGGAAUGGCUGGGAGCUGACCGCAACGAGGGCCGGAGGCAUGCAGCUGUGCUGGUUCUCCGUGAGCUGGCUGUCAGCGUCCCCACUUUCUUCUUCCAGCAAGUGCAGCCUUUCUUUGACAACAUCUUUGUGGCUGUGUGGGACCCUAAGCAGGCCAUCCGCGAGGGAGCUGUAGCCGCCCUUCGUGCGUGUCUGAUUCUCACCACCCAGCGGGAGCCGAAGGAGAUGCAGAAGCCACAGUGGUACCGGCACACGUUUGAAGAAGCAGAGAAAGGGUUUGACGAGACCUUGGCCAAGGAGAAGGGCAUGAACCGGGAUGAUCGCGUCCACGGUGCACUGCUGAUCCUCAACGAGCUGGUCCGGAUCAGCAGCAUGGAGGGAGAGCGCCUGAGGGAAGAGAUGGAAGAGAUCACGCAGCAGCAGCUGGUGCACGACAAGUACUGCAGAGACCUCAUGGGCUUCGGAGCAAAGCCCCGGCACAUCACGCCUUUUACCGGCUUCCAGGCCGUGCAGCCCCAGCAGCCGAACGCCUUGGUGGGGCUGCUGGGCUACGGCUCGCACCAAGGCCUCAUGGGAUUCGGGUCUUCCCCCAGCCCAGCCAAGUCUGCUCUGGUGGAGAGUCGGUGCUGCAGGGACCUGAUGGAGGAGAAAUUUGAUCAGGUGUGCCAGUGGGUGCUGAAGUGCAGGAAUAGCAAGAACUCGCUGAUCCAAAUGACGAUCCUUAACUUGUUGCCACGCCUGGCUGCGUUCCGACCUUCUGCCUUCACAGACACCCAGUACCUCCAAGAUACCAUGAGCCACGUCCUGAGUUGUGUCAAGAAGGAGAAAGAACGUACGGCAGCCUUCCAAGCCCUGGGACUCCUGUCUGUGGCCGUGAGGUCCGAGUUUAAGGUCUACUUACCUCGUGUGCUGGAGAUCAUCCGAGCAGCUCUGCCCCCUAAAGACUUCGCCCAUAAGAGACAGAAGGCGAUGCAGGUCGAUGCCACAGUGUUCACCUGUAUCAGCAUGCUGGCUCGCGCCAUGGGGCCGGGCAUUCAGCAGGAUAUCAAGGAGCUGCUCGAGCCCAUGCUGGCUGUGGGACUGAGCCCUGCCCUCACUGCUGUGCUCUAUGACCUGAGCCGUCAGAUUCCACAGCUGAAGAAGGACAUCCAGGACGGGCUGCUGAAGAUGCUGUCCCUGGUCCUCAUGCACAAGCCCCUCCGGCACCCAGGCAUGCCCAAGGGCCUGGCGCAUCAGCUGGCUUCCCCUGGCCUCACAACCCUCCCUGAGGCCAGUGACGUGGGCAGCAUCACCCUUGCCCUUCGAACUCUGGGUAGCUUUGAAUUUGAAGGCCACUCUCUGACCCAGUUUGUCCGCCACUGUGCGGAUCACUUCCUGAACAGCGAGCACAAGGAGAUCCGCAUGGAAGCCGCCCGCACCUGCUCGCGCCUGCUCACGCCCUCGGUGCACCUCAUCAGCGGCCACACUCAUGUGGUCAGCCAGACCGCGGUGCAAGUGGUGGCAGACGUGCUCAGCAAGCUCCUUGUGGUUGGGAUAACAGACCCAGACCCCGACAUCCGCUACUGCGUCCUGGCCUCUCUGGAUGAGCGCUUUGACGCGCACCUGGCGCAGGCAGAGAACCUGCAGGCCCUGUUUGUGGCCCUCAACGACCAGGUGUUUGAGAUCCGGGAGCUGGCCAUCUGCACGGUGGGCCGGCUCAGCAGCAUGAACCCCGCCUUCGUCAUGCCCUUCCUGAGAAAGAUGCUCAUCCAGAUCUUGACAGAGCUGGAGCACAGUGGCAUUGGAAGAAUCAAAGAGCAGAGCGCCCGCAUGCUGGGGCACCUAGUCUCCAAUGCCCCCCGACUCAUCCGGCCAUACAUGGAGCCUAUACUGAAGGCUUUAAUUUUGAAACUGAAAGACCCGGAUCCCGACCCCAACCCAGGUGUGAUCAAUAAUGUCUUGGCUACCAUAGGAGAGCUGGCUCAGGUGAGCGGCCUGGAAAUGAGGAGAUGGGUCGACGAACUUUUCAUCAUCAUUAUGGACAUGCUGCAGGACUCCUCUCUCUUGGCCAAAAGACAGGUGGCUCUGUGGACCUUGGGGCAGUUGGUGGCCAGCACUGGCUAUGUGGUAGAACCCUACAGGAAGUACCCCACUUUGCUUGAAGUGCUGCUCAACUUUCUGAAGACUGAGCAAAACCAGGGUACUCGGAGAGAGGCCAUCCGUGUUUUGGGACUCCUGGGGGCUUUGGACCCCUACAAGCACAAAGUGAACAUCGGCAUGAUAGACCAGUCCCGGGAUGCCUCUGCUGUCAGUCUGUCCGAAUCCAAGUCAAGUCAAGAUUCCUCUGACUACAGCACCAGCGAGAUGCUGGUCAACAUGGGGAACCUGCCGCUGGACGAGUUCUACCCGGCGGUGUCCAUGGUGGCCCUGAUGAGGAUCUUCCGAGACCAGUCGCUCUCCCACCACCACACCAUGGUGGUGCAGGCCAUCACCUUCAUCUUCAAGUCCCUGGGCCUCAAGUGCGUGCAGUUCCUGCCCCAGGUCAUGCCCACGUUCCUCAGUGUCAUUCGGGUCUGUGACGGGGCCAUCCGGGAAUUUCUGUUCCAGCAGCUGGGAAUGUUGGUGUCCUUUGUCAAGAGUCACAUCAGGCCUUACAUGGAUGAGAUCGUCACCCUCAUGAGAGAGUUCUGGGUCAUGAACACCUCAAUCCAGAGCACCAUCAUUCUCCUCGUCGAGCAGAUCGUGGUGGCCCUCGGGGGUGAGUUCAAGCUCUACCUGCCCCAGCUGAUCCCACACAUGCUGCGAGUCUUCAUGCACGACAGCAGCCCGGGCCGCAGCGUCUCCAUCAAGUUACUGGCUGCCAUCCAGCUGUUUGGCGCCAACCUCGACGACUAUCUGCAUCUGCUGCUCCCCCCCAUCGUGAAGCUGUUUGACGCCCCGGAAGCCCCUCUGCCAUCUCGAAAGGCAGCACUGGAGACGGUGGACCGCCUAACAGAAUCCCUGGAUUUUACUGACUAUGCUUCCCGUAUCAUUCACCCGAUUGUUCGAACACUGGACCAGAGCCCAGAACUGCGUCCCACGGCCAUGGACACACUGUCUUCUCUCGUCUUUCAGCUGGGGAAGAAGUACCAGAUCUUCAUCCCAAUGGUGAACAAAGUCCUGGUGCGACACCGCGUCAACCAUCAGCGCUACGACAUCCUCAUCUGCAGGAUUGUCAAGGGCUACACGCUUGCUGAUGAGGAGGAAGACCCCUUGAUCUACCAGCAUCGGAUGCUGAGAAGCGGCCAGGGGGAUGCUCUGGCUAGUGGGCCAGUGGAGACGGGCCCCAUGAAGAAACUCCACGUCAGCACCAUUAAUCUCCAGAAGGCCUGGGGAGCAGCCAGGAGGGUCUCCAAGGACGACUGGCUGGAGUGGCUGAGACGGCUGAGCCUGGAGCUGCUGAAGGACUCCUCGUCGCCCUCCCUGCGCUCGUGCUGGGCCUUGGCGCAGGCCUACAACCCCAUGGCCAGGGAUCUCUUCAAUGCUGCGUUUGUGUCCUGCUGGUCUGAACUGAAUGAGGACCAGCAGGACGAGCUGAUCAGAAGCAUCGAGCUGGCCCUCACCUCACAGGACAUUGCCGAAGUCACACAAACCCUCCUGAACCUGGCGGAGUUCAUGGAGCACAGCGACAAGGGCCCCCUGCCGCUGAGAGACGACAACGGCAUCGUCCUGCUGGGGGAGCGGGCUGCCAAGUGCCGAGCCUACGCCAAAGCGCUGCACUACAAAGAGCUGGAGUUCCAGAAAGGCGCCACCCCUGCCAUCCUCGAGUCUCUCAUCAGCAUUAACAAUAAGCUACAACAGCCAGAGGCGGCUGCCGGAGUGUUAGAAUACGCCAUGAAGCACUUCGGGGAGCUGGAGAUCCAGGCUACCUGGUAUGAAAAGCUGCAUGAGUGGGAGGAUGCCCUCGUAGCCUACGAUAAGAAAAUGGACACCAACAAGGAAGACCCCGAGCUCAUGCUGGGCCGUAUGCGCUGCCUGGAGGCCUUGGGGGAAUGGGGACAGCUCCACCAGCAGUGCUGUGAGAAGUGGACCCUGGUGAACGACGAGACACAAGCCAAGAUGGCCCGCAUGGCUGCCGCAGCCGCGUGGGGUCUAGGUCAGUGGGACAGCAUGGAAGAAUACACCUGCAUGAUCCCCCGAGACACCCACGACGGGGCAUUUUACAGAGCCGUGCUGGCCCUCCAUCAGGACCUCUUCUCCUUGGCGCAGCAGUGCAUCGACAAGGCCAGAGACCUACUGGACGCGGAGCUCACUGCCAUGGCUGGCGAGAGCUACAGUCGCGCCUACGGGGCCAUGGUUUCAUGCCACAUGCUCUCUGAGCUGGAAGAGGUGAUCCAGUACAAGCUGGUCCCCGAGCGCCGAGAGGUCAUCCGCCAGAUCUGGUGGGAGAGAUUGCAGGGCUGUCAGCGGAUUGUGGAAGACUGGCAGAAGAUUCUUAUGGUGCGCUCCCUCGUGGUCAACCCCCAUGAGGACAUGAGGACCUGGCUCAAGUACGCCAGCCUGUGUGGCAAGAGCGGCCGGCUGGCUCUGGCUCAUAAAACCUUAGUGCUGCUUCUGGGAGUCGACCCGUCUCGCCAGCUCGACCAACCUCUGCCAACGCUUCAUCCCCAAGUGACCUACGCCUACAUGAAAAACAUGUGGAAGAGCUCCCGCAAGAUCGAAGCCUUCCAGCACAUGCAGCACUUUGCCCAGAAUGUGCAGCAGCAGGCCCAGCACGCCCUCGCCACUGAAGACCAGCAGCACCAGCAGGAGCUGCACAAGCUCAUGGCACGAUGUUUUCUGAAACUCGGGGAGUGGCAGCUGAAUCUGCAGGGCAUCAACGAGAGCACGAUCCCCAAGGUCCUUCAGUACUACAGUGCCGCCACGGAGCACGACCGCAGCUGGUAUAAGGCCUGGCACGCGUGGGCAGUGAUGAACUUCGAAGCGGUGCUGCACUACAAGCAUCAGAACCAAGCUCGGGAUGAGAAGAAGAAGCUGCGUCACACCAGCGGGGCCAACAUCACCAACACAGCCGCCGCCACCACAGCCGCCGCCGCCAGCACCGAGGGCAGCAACAGCGAGAGCGAAGCAGAAAGCGCCGACAACAGCCCCACCCCGUCGCCCCUGCAGAAGAAGGUCACCGAGGAUCUGUCCAAAACCCUCCUGAUGUACACUGUCCCUGCUGUCCAAGGCUUCUUCCGGUCCAUCUCCCUGUCACGGGGCAACAACCUCCAGGACACACUCAGAGUCCUGACCUUGUGGUUUGAUUAUGGUCACUGGCCAGAUGUAAAUGAGGCCUUAGUGGAAGGCGUGAAAGCGAUCCAGAUUGAUACCUGGUUACAGGUCAUACCUCAACUCAUUGCACGAAUUGACACGCCCAGGCCCUUGGUGGGACGUCUCAUUCACCAGCUCCUCACAGACAUUGGUCGUUACCACCCUCAGGCCCUCAUCUAUCCCCUGACUGUGGCGUCCAAGUCCACCACCACGGCCCGCCACAACGCAGCCAACAAGAUUCUGAAGAACAUGUGUGAGCACAGCAACACACUGGUGCAGCAGGCCGUGAUGGUGAGUGAGGAGCUGAUCCGAGUGGCCAUCCUCUGGCACGAGAUGUGGCACGAAGGCCUGGAGGAGGCAUCCCGCCUAUACUUCGGGGAGAGAAACGUGAAGGGCAUGUUUGGGGUGCUGGAGCCCCUGCAUGCCAUGAUGGAGCGGGGACCCCAGACCCUGAAGGAAACGUCCUUUAAUCAGGCGUACGGUCGGGACUUAAUGGAGGCCCAAGAAUGGUGCAGGAAGUACAUGAAGUCAGGGAACGUCAAGGACCUGACUCAGGCCUGGGACCUCUACUACCACGUGUUCAGGCGGAUCUCGAAGCAGCUGCCGCAGCUCACGUCUUUAGAGCUGCAGUACGUCUCCCCCAAACUUCUGAUGUGCCGAGACCUUGAGCUGGCCGUGCCAGGAACGUACGACCCCAACCAGCCCAUCAUUCGGAUUCAGUCUAUAGCACCGUCUCUGCAGGUCAUCACAUCCAAGCAGCGGCCCCGCAAGCUGACGCUGAUGGGCAGCAACGGGCACGAGUUUGUCUUCCUGCUGAAGGGCCACGAAGACCUGCGGCAGGAUGAGAGGGUGAUGCAGCUCUUUGGCCUGGUCAACACCCUCCUGGCCAACGACCCCACGUCUCUAAGGAAGAACCUCAGCAUCCAGAGGUAUGCCGUCAUCCCCUUGUCCACCAACUCGGGCCUCAUCGGCUGGGUGCCCCACUGUGACACCUUGCACGCCCUCAUCCGGGACUACAGGGAGAAGAAGAAGAUCCUGCUCAACAUUGAGCACCGCAUCAUGCUGAGGAUGGCCCCGGACUAUGACCACCUGACUCUUAUGCAGAAGGUCGAGGUGUUCGAGCAUGCCGUCAACAACACGGCCGGGGACGACCUGGCCAAGCUGCUGUGGCUGAAGAGCCCCAGCUCCGAGGUGUGGUUUGACCGAAGGACCAACUACACCCGCUCCCUGGCAGUCAUGUCCAUGGUUGGCUACAUCCUGGGCCUGGGGGACAGACACCCAUCCAACCUGAUGCUGGACCGGCUGAGUGGGAAGAUCCUGCACAUCGACUUUGGGGACUGCUUUGAGGUUGCUAUGACCAGAGAGAAGUUCCCAGAGAAGAUUCCGUUCAGGCUGACGAGGAUGUUGACCAAUGCAAUGGAGGUGACGGGGCUGGAUGGCAACUACAGAAUCACCUGCCACACAGUGAUGGAGGUGCUCCGGGAGCACAAGGACAGUGUCAUGGCUGUGCUGGAAGCCUUUGUCUACGACCCCUUACUCAACUGGAGGCUGAUGGACACAAAUACCAAAGGCAACAAGCGAUCCCGGACGAGGACGGACUCCUACUCUGCGGGCCAGUCAGUAGAAAUUUUAGAUGGUGUGGAACUUGGGGAACCAGCCCAUAAGAAAACAGGGACCACAGUGCCAGAAUCUAUUCAUUCUUUCAUUGGAGAUGGUUUGGUGAAGCCAGAGGCCCUGAAUAAGAAAGCUAUUCAGAUUAUUAACAGGGUUCGAGAUAAGCUCACUGGCCGGGACUUCUCCCACGAUGAGACCUUGGACGUCCCCACACAGGUGGAGCUGCUCAUCAAGCAGGCGACGUCGCACGAGAACCUCUGCCAGUGCUACAUCGGGUGGUGUCCUUUCUGGUAACUGCAGAACCACAGUCCCCACAGUCUCUCAAGACUUUUCUUCCUUGACAGAUGUUCCCACUAAACUGAACCCCAAACCACUGGCCAGCAAGUCUGACCUUGUUCAAUAUUUUCAUGUAUAAAUGAGAAGAACUACUGUAUAUUAGAAGUCAGUCUGAACCAGCUUUCCAGCUGCUGUUGAGGAAUCUAUUGCCGGAAAUACGGCCUGAUUUGGCUCAGCACAGUAAACAGGGUGACACCACACAAGUCGAGCUGUUGCUUCGGGGAACAGAAGACGCAUAACUUUAGAAAUACGGGUUUGGACUUAACUCACAGGAGACGUCGUUGUGGUGUUUGCUGAUAGCGGACAGCCUGGCUGUUCUCCUGCACAGGACACAGCAGACUCAGCACGGUCAGGCGACCUCGGGCCACCCAGGCGUGGAGGAGACAGUAGUGUAGUAAGUGGACGGUCGGGACGGUCAGGAGGCGGAGCAGGGCUCCAGAGGGCAGCCAUCCCGUUUCCUCACUGGUCCGUGCACGGCCGCAUGUUCAGCCUGGGCCGACAUGGCGGCAGAGGUCUGUCUGCUUGACCCGUUAUGCUGCGACUCACACUUCAACCCCAGGACCCGAGGUUCAGUCCCCACACGGAGGGGGAUUGCUCCAGACUCCCAGGCAGCCCCGACUGGAGACAGCCAGAGGGGUGCCAGUGCCCUGGAGUCCAGCCGGCCCUCCCCCACACGGCGUAGGAUGUUGUCAGUGAGGUGGGGACGCUCCGCGUUGGAGCAGACUUGGAAGACGCAGGUACUGUGUGGAGGUGCUGAACAAAGCGGGGGCUCAGGGAGGCCGCGGGAACUGGGGCAGAAUACUCACGCAGUGCACAAGUAUGAGGAGUAGCCGCUUCUGCACACCAUGUUGUAUCUGAAUAACCUUUGUGCCAAUAAACGUCAUCAGAAUUUUAAAAACA